GCGGCGGUGGGUGCACGUCCGUGCGGCCUGGCCUGGACCAUGUCUGCGUGAGGACGCCGCAGCCGUCACCCCCUCCUCUCCGGCUGGCCCACAGAAACGCUCACCAUGGGCUCCAUCCUGAGUCGCCGCAUCGCGGGCGUGGAGGACAUCGACAUUCAGGCCAACUCGGCCUAUCGCUACCCUCCGAAGUCCGGAAACUACUUUGCUUCGCACUUUUUCAUGGGAGGAGAGAAAUUUGACACUCCUCAUCCUGAAGGUUACCUCUUUGGAGAGAACAUGGACCUGAACUUCCUGGGCAGUCGUCCAGUCCAGUUUCCCUAUGUCACCCCUGCCCCCCAUGAGCCAGUGAAGACACUGAGGAGCCUGGUAAACAUUCGCAAAGACUCUCUCCGGCUUGUGAGGUACAAAGAUGAUGCAGACAGCCCCACAGAGGAUGGUGAGAAGCCCCGCGUGCUCUACAGUCUGGAAUUCACCUUUGAUGCCGAUGCUCGUGUGGCUAUCACCAUUUAUUGCCAGGCGGUGGAGGAGUUCGUGAACGGCAUGGCAGUGUACAGCUGUAAGAACCCUUCUCUGCAGUCUGAGACCGUCCACUACAAGAGAGGCGUUAGCCAGCAGUUCUCCCUGCCUUCUUUCAAGAUUGACUUCUCCGAGUGGAAGGAUGAUGAGCUGAACUUUGAUCUGGACCGGGGUGUGUUUCCAGUCGUCAUCCAGGCUGUGGUGGACGAAGGAGAUGUUGUGGAAGUGACUGGCCACGCUCAUGUGCUCUUGGCUGCCUUUGAGAAGCAUGUGGAUGGCAGCUUCUCCGUGAAGCCAUUAAAGCAGAAGCAAAUUGUGGACCGGGUCAGCUACCUGCUGCAGGAGAUCUAUGGCAUCGAGAACAAGAACAACCAGGAGACUAAGCCGUCUGAUGACGAAAACAGUGACAACAGCAGCGAGUGUGUGGUGUGCCUGUCAGACCUUCGGGACACGCUGAUCCUGCCCUGCCGCCACCUGUGCCUCUGCACUUCCUGUGCUGACACGCUGCGGUACCAGGCCAACAACUGCCCGAUCUGCCGGCUGCCAUUCCGAGCUCUCCUGCAGAUCCGGGCUGUGCGGAAGAAGCCAGGGGCCCUGUCUCCCAUCUCUUUCAGCCCUGUCUUGGCCCAAAGUGUGGACCACGAUGAGCACUCUUGUCCCUUUAAAAAAUCAAAGUCGCACCCUGCCUCCCUGGCCAGCAAGAAACCUAAAAGGGAAACAAGUUCUGACAGUGUCCCAGCUGGCUACGAGCCCAUCUCCUUGCUCGAGGCACUCAAUGGUCUACGGGCUGUCUCCCCGGCUAUCCCAUCAGCUCCCCUCUAUGAGGAAAUCACCUACUCAGGCAUCUCGGACGGUCUUUCCCAGGCCAGUUGUCCCCUUGCUGGACUUGAUCGAAUCAUAGAAAGUGGCCUACAGAAGGGCAAGACACAGAGCAAGUCUCCAGACAGCACCCUGCGGUCUCCAUCAUCCCCCAUCCAUGAGGAGGAUGAGGAAAAGCUCUCGGAGGACUCGGAUGCUCCUCUCCCACCAAGUGGUGUGGAGCUGGUGCUGCGGGACAGCAGCUCCCCUGAGAGUUUUGGAACAGAGGAGGUGGAUGAGUCAUCCCUAAAGCAAGGGAGCCGAGUACCCUCUAUUGAUGAUGUCCUGCAGGAUGGCAGUCCCCAGCAUCACGGUUGCAGCCAACCAGUCCCUCCUGCUGACAUCUACCUACCAGGAUGGUCCACCUCCAUGGAGACGCCACACAGCCUUGGCACUACCAGCUCCCCCUGGCCUCUGCUGAGUGGCUCUAGUCCUGAGCCUGGAGCUGCUGAGCUGACCCCACUCUGAGACUCUGGCUCCGCAGGCAGCGCAGAGCCCUCAGCAUCCCAGAUAUUGCCAGCAGGCUUCCCUGGACCACAGCGAGACCCUCUCCUGUCUGCACACCUCAUGUGGCCACAGUGAACCUUGAUCAGAUUGCACAGUGGGUGGUUCUUCCACACACCCUCCUUUUUAUGGUCGAUAUAUUUGUAAAUGGUACAGGAUGAAGGACAGCAGCUGGCUCCGUGGGCCACGAGCCCUAGAGGGACUCUCCCCACCUGUCAGAGCUGAUGAUGCUUUGAGCACUUAGCAAACCAGCAUAAGAGAAUCUGCCUAUGAGUGAAGUAUCAUCUUCACAAAUGUUCUGGAAGGUGCCCCCCCCCCCCCAGGUUACGGUUGAUGAAGGAACAGUGCCUGUCUGCCUGUCUCAUGUGACCCAAGGCAGCCAGGCUGUCACUGCUGCUGUCACCUUACAGAUGUCCUGACCAUGGGUGACCCUCCUUGGAGCCUCCAGGUCCCCUCCAGCUCUGCUCUAUUACCUUCUAGUGACCUCUGGCAGCUGUGGGCAAGGCCUGGGUAGUCGGACUGUGUUAACGCCACAGUCCUUUGCAGUGGUUGGUAUCCAGUACCCCCUCGCAGGUCCUGCCUCACUCACAUCCCCUCACACCUCCAAGAUGUAGAUGUUCGUGCUUGCAGGGCAACACUGCCCACCACCUGCCAGGGAAGAGCCUGAGCAGCUUCCACAGCAGAUCCAUUGCCAGUUACCUGUCCUUUUACAUUCCUUACUGAUCUACUGUCUAAGGCUUCUGUUAGAGCCCACCUAGGAGCAGGAUCCUAGUGAUACUUUGCUUCUAAGGUAGAAGUGGCCCAUGGGUGCCCCCAGGGCAGAGGUGCCCCAGGCAGUGCAUCUCCCUGGUGGGUUGGUAGAGGGACCUCAGCCUAAGGAGCUGCCUUGCCACUCACCCAGGUGACAGCCUGUAGCAAUGCAUGGAGACCCCUUUAGGCUCAGGGUUGCUUGAGCUCUGGCUCUUCCCUGCUCCUUCCUAGCAGUGGCUGGGCUGGCCUCUGGUAAGCCUGUAAGCACAGCUCUGUCUGCACAUCCAUCUCUCUCUCUUGCUGAAUGCACAUAUGUGCACACAUGUCAGCAUGUGCAUGCCCACCCCUUCUCACCUGCCAACAACACCCUGGCCUCUGGCCAUGGUACUGGUGCCAGUACUUUGAAAGAUGGGAUGCAGACUGCACACUUACCUGUCUCAGAUUCACAUGUACUAUCAUUUGAUGUACUUUGAUUGGCUAGUUUUGGGUUCAUUUUUACUGUAUAUUUAUAGUAAUAAAAUCAUGCAGCAAUA